CUUACUCUACUAACGCGAACAUCCCUCUCGUUUCUCACAAAAGCUUCCUGAUCUCAGUAACAGCUCUGCUUCUGAUCGAUCUUUUGCUCGUUACUGUAACAUCUGGAUACACAUGCAGCAUCUGGCUGUGAGAUCCGUUCGGAGAGAGAUUUAUCACGACCUUCAGCGACCAGCAGCUCUGACCUGUGAUUAGUCAAUCCCGGCGCCCCCUGUGUUGGACAAUGGAGGAAUCUGUGAUCGUGACCCGAGCUGCGUAAAUAGAAGCUCCAAAGAUGGCAGCAUCUGGAUUUCCUCAGCUCCCCAACCUCAACGAAACACAAUCCAACCGCUCCCUGGAACAUGGCACAUCCGUGCACCCAACCCCCAGCAUGCAGCUGGGCACCAUGUCCAACCCACAGUCCCGUCUCCGUGAUGCCAUGGGCCUGGCUGCCAUGGUGGUACUAAACGCCGUGGCUCUUUUGGCAAACCUGGCUGUUCUGAUCGUCGUGUUGAAGGCACCACACCUGAGAAAGUACAGCUUCGUGUGGCACCUCUGCGGAGUAGAUGUGCUGUGCGCAGCACUCCUCAUGCCCCUCGCCAUUGUGUGCGGCUCACCGAUCUUCGCCGGGGUCAUCUUUACGCCCCUGGAGUGUCGCCUGUACGUCUUCCUCAACGCCUUCCUGAUCUCUGCCUCCAUCUUCACGGUGACAGCAAUCAGCGUCGAACGCUACUACUACAUCGUGCACCCGAUGCGCUACGAGGCCAAAAUGACUCCUCGUAUUGCUGCUGCGGUUAUGGCGUUGGUCUGGUUGGCGUCCGCUGUCCUUGGAUUGGCCACUGUGUUUGGGUGGCCCAGUUAUCGCCAACACAGCGCUAUCGCUGCUGCCCACUGCUCGCUUCACUGGAGCCACAGCGGGCACCGGCGUGUUUUCUCUAUUAUCUUCUGCGUGCUUUGCUUUUGCGUCCCCUCUGCCAUUAUCCUAGCCGUUUACGCCAAUGUCUACAAGGUGGCGCACAUGGCUGCCCGACACAGGGGUCCUCUGCCUAGCUGGGUGCCUGCAACACCCCGUCCAAAGCACCGCUCUGACUCGGUCAACAGCCAAACCACUAUCAUCACCAGCAGCUCAAGUGUCAGGAGAGGGACAGGGACACACGCAUCUCGCAGGCCACGCCGCACCCUGGUGGGGGGUAAAGCAGCGCUCACACUGGCAGUCAUCGUGGGCCAGUUUGUACUCUGUUGGCUACCAUACUUUGCCUUCCACCUACACUUGUCCCUGGGUGUCGCCCACAGCUCGGCUGACGAGGCGGAAGGCCCCGUCACGUGGCUGGCCUACUCUUCUUUCGCAGCAAACCCUUUUUUCUAUGGUUUGCUAAACCGCCAGAUCCGUGAAGAGGUGUGUAAGACGAUGUGCUGCUGCUGCCGAUCGCCCAGCAGACCCACCAGACCACCGGCAUCGGGACACGAUGGCGCCUCGGUGCGUGAAGAUUUCCUGCACUUUCUGAAGCGCAGCAGCUCUGUGGAUGCCACACGCAGCAGUUACAACACUGCAACUCCCAGAAACACAUUGGAUCAAACAGGGUUCAGGAUACCAGGACAGAUCCCUGAGGAACUGACUUAGGCACUUGGUAAAGGGCAUCCACAAAAUUAAUUUCAAAACGGUCCAAAUCUGAAGUAUCCAGAUUGCAUCCAAGUGUGGAACGAUGAAAUUUUGAUCCAUAUAUGGAACAUCAAUAGGGAUCCAAAUCUGGAAUGUUUAAAUCAGAUACAAAUCAGGUAGAAAAAAUCUGGUACAUUUACAAAGGAUACCAAUCUGUAACAUUCAAAAAGAUCCGAAUCUGGAACAUUUAACACUGAUCUGUUUCGGAAAAUGUAAAAUAUAAAAUCUCCAAAAGUGGACAGGUUAUAUCAGAUGCAAAUCUGAAAUGUUUCAAUCAGGUCCAAAUCUAGAAGGUCCAAAUGUGAGACAUUUAAAAAAUGGUUCCAAAUCUUAUUCUUUCAGAUCUGGAAGGUUAAAAUAUAAAUCAAAGUUAAAAUCAGAUACAAAUCUGGAAGAUCCGGAUGGCAUCCAAGUCUGAUUCAUAAGUUAAGAUUCAAAUCUGGGACCUUCUAAUCGGAACCAAAAAUCUGGAGUGUUCAAUCAGAUCCGAAUCUGGUACAUUUACAUUGGACACAAAUCGGUAACAUUGAAAAUGGGUCCUAAUCUAAAACCUGGAAUCAGAUCAGAAUCUGGAAUGUUCAGAACAGACAUGAAUGGAAAAAAUGCAAAAAACGUUAAAGAAAAUAUGAAAACCGCUUCAUAAUUCCUGCAAAUGCCAGGUGCAGGUAUAAUCACAAAUCUGGAGGGGGGAAGAUCAAAAAAAUAUAUCGUUUGAAUCUUUUUUGGGUCUGCUUUGCCAUGCUAAUGGCAUGUUAUAUUAAGUAGUCAAGCCAACACACACGCACACACACACACACACGCACGCACGCACGCACACACACACACACACACACACACACACUUUUAUACAGGGCUGUUAAUGUAUACUGACUUUUAACAUGGACUACACCACUGGUGAUUUAUUUUUUUUAAUAAUGAAGAUGUAUAGAAUAUUAAUAGAAAUGACCAACUUUCUGGUCUGUUCCUGAAGUAAAAGGUGUGUGUGAAUUAAAUUAGAUUGAAUCAGACAUCCACAAAUCAAAAAACGAUGCUGAGGUCACGAUAUCUGCGUCGACUUCGGAUGCUCAGGGCUGUUCGUUUUACAGAGAAGUGGGCGGGAAUUUCUUACACAAUAACGCCUUGAAAUAUCAUCUUUAUCUGCGUUUCAUUCAGAACCGAUCCAAAAAUUUCAUGGAGGUCCAUGACAACACGUUUUUCUUUUUUCAUUCGCCUUAAAACACAUCAAACCACACAAUGACAACUCAGAAAUUUGUAUCAGAAAACCCCCAGUAUUGUCAUUAUUUCAUUUAACGAGUAUCCUGUAUUUAGGUUCAAGUGUUUGUUGUUCGCUGAUUCACCUCAUUUUACGCAGCUGCACAACACUAAAGACUCUGUAUUAGUGUAUGUUACAUGGUGGUGUUCAAUAUAUUUUAAAUAUUUUAUAUGUUAAAAUAUGUUUUAACAUUAAUUUUCAGUCAUUUGUGAUGUGCAAAAAUAUAUUUAUUUGGAUUUGUAUUUAUUCGAGUUGAAAAACUGUGCCUCUUUUUUUUUCUCCAUGUGAAUAUGAAAUGUUUCUGAGAUGUUUCUCCUGUCUCCCCGCUGAAUAAAACACCCUUUGCUUAGUCACGUGCACAGCGUUACACAACGUGUCUUUGUUAAGAAAAGGAAA